CGGCAGCGCGCCUGCGCAGUGCAUCCAGGGGCUCGGCGGCGUUCGGUGCUGAAGUGGGGCGGAUGGCAGAAAAAACAGCGGCGAUGGACGUUACACCGCAGGAUUCCCACCUACGAUGUCGUUGAAUAAGCAUCGGGACAUCGCGUUUACACGGCUAUCACCCUAGGACACUGACAAGCCCGACAUUAAGGGAUGCUGUACUUUAACUGCUCCCUGCGCUCUCAAGUCCAUAAAUGACCCUUUCACUGCAAUCCAAGAAAGCCUGAGGAGGCGACGGCAAGAGAAACGAAAAGGAGCGAGCGAAAUAAGGAAACGAGGAGAGGAAGUCGUUACGCUUCACCUCAGCUCUCGAGUCCCUUUCUGUGCCAGUCGGUCAGGGAUGGUGAGACCAGUAACUUCUCUUCUCUGUGGUGAAAAGAACCUCCUUGCCUUGCCCCGCAUCUCCAGCAAGCCAAACAGCCAGUCCGUUUGCCAAACAGACGCUCAGACAGUCCACCAGUCAGUCACUCUGUCAACCAGCCUGCUAUCGUCCAGCAACCUAUUACCUCACGCCAUGACUGCUCUGUCUGACCUGUUUUUAGGAACUCACUAAUUCAUGCCCCGGAGUGUGAGUGGAGUGGAGAUGAGAAAAAGGCAGGCGGCACACAUCGAGGCCCCACCCCAGGCCCCUGGACAGCCCCGACCCAACACCUGCUGCCUCUGCUGGUGCGGCUGCUGCAAGUGUCUCUGGAAUGAAGACAGGAUGGAGAGGAGUGAACGACAAACCUGCACCAAGAUGGACAGUAUUGAAGCUGCAGAAGAACAACACCCCAGUCUAGAAGAGGCGCUGUCGUGGGCACGGAGCUUUGAGAUGAUGCUGCGCUCAUUGGAGGGCCGGGAGAUCUUCCGGGAGUUCCUGCGCUCAGAGUACAGCGAGGACAACCUGCUUUUCUGGUUGGCAUGUGAAGAACUGAAGAAGGAGACAAAUCCCUCCGUGGUGGAUGAGAAGGCCAGGAUCAUAUAUGAAGACUACGUGUCCAUAUUAUCACCCAAAGAGGUGAGUCUGGACUCACGGGUCAGAGAAGGAAUAAACCAGAGCCUGGCCGAGCCCAGCAACCUGAUGUACGAGGAAGCCCAGCUCCAGAUCUACACCCUGAUGCACCGCGACUCCUACCCCCGUUUCCUCAACUCCUCCGUUUACAGAGACCUCCUGGCCAGCAGGAGGCGCACCUGCCUCGACACCUAGACCCCCCCACUCCCUACCCCUCCGCCCUCCCUCAUUGCCAUCGUACACCAACGAGACUACUACUUAAACUUCAGAUACUACUAUGGUGCCAGAAGUCGGGUUUGGAAAUCUCUCCCUCUUUUUUGAUUGAAAAGACUGAAUGACAUCCGAGAUAGCUGGUUGUUUUUUUAUUUAUAUUUUUUAAGCAAUUUAUAUCCAGUUCUCCACUGGAGCCAGGUCGGCCUUUUGCUGGUUGGUUAUUGGUCAAUUUAAGACCAUUAAUGCUGGCCAGUGAUUGUUUUGCUAGCAAUUUGUGCUGUUUGUUUCGGUUGACUGGCCAACCCGCAUGUCAGCUGUUGGUUGAAAUGGUCUACCUGAUUGGCCAGCUGUUGGUUACCUGUGGACAAGGACUCCUCAGGCAGUGGGGACAGAAAGAGAGAGAGAAAGAGAGAGACAAAAAGGACAAGCCAACUGUUCCUGUACUGUAAUAUUUAGACCUCAUGCUUUCUACCCUCACUUUAAUGUUCUCUCUCUUUACUCAUUCUCUUUCAUUUGUUUUUUUUUUUUUUUAAUUCUGUCCCAUUCCUCAGAUGUGUUUAAUUUUUGUUUUGUUAUUAAUUUCUUUACUGUCCAAACAUGACACCU